UUGCUCACCAAUAUCAGCUUCUGAGUCAUCUUCACCGUAUGCGCCAAGAAACAACUCAGAACAUUAAUGAUUUCCUCUCCCAAAUGUAUUAUGUUUGGGAUCAGCUCGCUCUUUCUGAACCUCCAUGGGAUUGUACUAAGGAUGCUGCCUUUUUUACUACUUACCAUGACCAACAGCGCUUGGUUCAGUUUCUCAUGGCUCUCACUCCCCGAUUUGAGCCAGUACGCGCAUCUCUCCUUCAUCGCACUCCUUUACCCACUCUUGAGCAAGCAAUUUCUGAACUCCUGUCAGAGGAAACCAGAUUUGGUACUCUCCAUCCGCACCCUGUGGACUCUGUUCUUGCCACUCCCCAGAUUCGAAGUUCUCCUUCCCCACCUUCACCACAGAAGUCCAAUGCCUGCAAUUACUGUCACAACCGCAAUCUUCCGUCAACUCAUCUUCUGGUUAAUUGUCCAGUUCGUCUUUGUCGGUUUUGCAACAAGACUGGCCCUGGUCAUCUCCAGCAAGACUGCUUCCGCAAUCCCGCCCGUGCCUCUCGCAAUGGUCCUUCCACCGGGAAUUUUUCUCGCAGCCACUCUCACCGUUCUGGGACUCAGUUUAAACCAAUGCCCGCUCAACGCACUGCUGCUGCUGCCUCAGAGGAUUUACCUUCCUCUGUUCCUAUAGACCCUUCCACUCCAGUCUUCUCUCAAACUGAUGUCGAAGCCAUGUUUCAACAUUUUUGGCAGCGUUCCGGUACUCCUCCAUCUACUGCUUUAUCUGUCACCGCAGGACCCUCGGACGGGGCAAACUCUUGGGAUAUGCCGUAAGCAUGGACGUCUCUACAAACU